CCAGCAUAAGCAGGUGCGGUAUCAACGCUCGUGCCCUUCGUCACCUUCAGGCUCAUUAUUCCCGCCGGACUUUUCCCUUUAUUUAUUUCGCCCCCCAGAUCCUUCCUCUUCCGCUCAUUAACAACUCGCCAUCAUUCUCUCUAAUUCCAUCCCCUUUGAUUCUCCCGGCUUGAACCGGGCGGCGCCUUGUAUCCGUCCCGAACGGAACAACCCAUCUAGUAAUACUCUCGAAUUGCCUAUUUGGGACGUGCAAGCAAGCCGGCAACACCGCACCCAGGCAAACUCAACAGCACCAGCACGCCCCUUCAAGUCGGUAAAGCGAGGCUAUCAGAAGCAGAACAGAAAAGAGACGGCGGCAGACAAGAGGCAGAAUACGCGAAAAGAAGGUUGGGGGCCAAAGGGUCAGAUCCCCCCAAGUGCGCCCACCCGAUCUUUCCCCGGGGGCCACUUGUGCGAACCGAGACCCUCACGACGGGCACCCAUGUCAAGCCAAGCGCAGCCCGGCCCACCCAGCACGGGGCUCAGCACCGGCGGCAUAGUCGGCAUCACCAUCGUACUCGUGGUGGGCGUCGCGCUCGUGCUGGCGGGGCUUGUCUGGAUGCGGCGGAGGAAACAGCGCGGUCUGGCAGCGGCCGCUGGCGGACUCGAGGCGGCGAAACACCAGCAGCAGCAGCUCCCGCUUGUCGACGACAGCACUGGGAACCUGCCCGAGCUGGCCGGAGAUGGCGGCGGUGAUCGGGGGCCCAGAGAACUCCCAGCACCGGCGCCGCCGCCCAGCCUUGAUCACCGUCCACUUUUACCGCACCAGGACUCUCCCCAGGCGCCCCCGGGCCGGGGACACGGUACGCCAGACAGGCGACGGGAUGCUGGCGAUGAUGUGGACCGGGCAGCUCGGCCGCGAUCGGGUGCGGACGCAUCCCCGCCGCCGAGACCGCCAAAGGAGCCGCUACCGCCCCACAGCGGCAACGAGGAGGCAGCGGGGUCGCCGGUGCUGGUCUCGGGCCCGGUGGAGAUGCCGGCUGAGGACUGGCCCGGGCCAGCGGAGGCCAUCCCGCUGCCAGAGCAGAAGAGCAUGCCGCGCGAGUUGUCGGCUACUGGGGCGCAGCGGAGCGGCAGUCCGUUAGCGGCAACGUAGCCGUCCCUUGGCCAAGUCGGUAUGCGUGUACGUCGGUGUGCAUGAGGGAGGCUUGACGCACCAAUUUGUUAGCACUUUGUUACUGUUAUAUCAGCUUGCCCUUGCCCCCUUUUCCAGGGAAGUACCUGCUAGACCUAGAUUCAUCCUAGUGCAACACAAAGCCAAAUGGAUGGCCUAGAUGUAGCAAAAUUAUUUUAUUUAUGCCCAAAGAAGCAACCUAUAUGCAGAACCUCCUCACAGCUUG